AUGGAAUCUAUUCUUCAGAUUAGCGCUUGUGCGGCGGCUGCGUCGGUCGUCUUGAUUAACGUCAAUGUCCUCCGCCAGUUGCUGUAUCGAAACAAGAACGAGCCGCCGGUUGUUUUCCAUUGGGUACCUUUCCUCGGAAACACGAUUAGCUACGGAAUGGACCCCUAUGGCUUCUUCUUGAAGUGCAGGGAAAAGUACGGCGACAUCUUUACCUUCAUACUUCUGGGCCAGAAAACCACCGUUUACCUCGGCACCGAUGGCAACGAGUUUAUUCUCAACGGGAAGCUGAAAGACGUCAACGCCAAGGAAGUCUACAGUCCCCUGACGACGCCCGUCUUCGGCUCCGAUGUCGUCUACGACUGCCCGAACUCGAAGCUAAUGGAACAAAAGAAGUUCAUCAAGUUCGGACUCACGCAGCACGCGCUCGAGGCGCACGUGCAAUUGAUCGAGAAGGAGGUUCUCGACUACAUCAAGACAUCGCCGAAAUUCAAGGGAUGCGCAGGCACUGUCGACAUCCCGGCCGCAAUGGCUGAGAUCACCAUCUUCACCGCUGGCCGCGCGCUGCAAGGAGAGGAAGUCCGCGGGAAACUGACCGCCGAGUUCGCCGACCUGUACCACGAUCUCGACAAGGGCUUUACGCCUAUUAACUUCAUGUUGCCGUGGGCGCCGCUGCCCCAUAACCGGAAGAGAGACGUGGCGCAUGCCAAGAUGCGGGCUAUAUACAUGGACAUCAUUGAGGAGCGACGCAAGGAAGGGGUCCAAGAAGGCUCAGACAUGAUCUGGAAUCUCAUGCGCUGCAAGUACAAGGACGGCAAACCAGUGCCAGACAAGGAGAUCGCUCACAUGAUGAUCACGCUGCUGAUGGCCGGGCAACACUCUUCCUCGUCCAUCAGCUCGUGGAUAAUGCUGCGCCUAGCCUCGCAGCCCGCAAUCACGGAAGAGCUGUACAAAGAACAACUCCGCAUGCUUGGGCAGAACGGCCAUCUUCCCCCCCUGCAAUACAGCGAUCUCGAGAAGCUGCCUUUGCACCAAAACGUCAUCAAGGAAACCCUGCGCCUGCACUCCUCGAUCCACUCCAUCCUGCGCAAAGUCAAGAACCCGCUGCAUGUCCCCGGCACGCAGUACGUCAUCCCGACCAGCCACGUGCUGCUCGCGUCCCCGGGCAUCACCGCCCUUAGCGACGAGCACUUCCCGAAUGCCGGGCGCUGGGAUCCGCAUCGCUGGGAAGACGAAGCCGACGAGGAAGAAGACGACGGCGGCGGCGAGAUGGUCGAUUAUGGCUACGGCGCUGUUCCGUCAAAGGGCACGAAGAGCCCGUACCUGCCGUUUGGCGCUGGGCGUCAUCGCUGCAUUGGCGAGAAGUUUGCGUACGUGAAUUUGGGCGUUAUUGUUGCGGUUAUGGUGCGGAGUUUUAGGUUCGCGAAUCCGAAGGAGCGUGAGGACGUGCCUGCUACGGAUUACUCGUCGCUUUUCUCGCGCCCGAUGUAG